UUGUGUUUGUGCGUCUCUGGUGUCUUUCACUCCGACGCGGGCUGUUUUCCUCGGGACUCUGACUGAAGAUGUAAAAAGAAAAAGGGGAAAAAGUGUCUGUGUUAUCAACCUUGUCUUCAAGCAAUAGAAACUUUGUUUAGCUGUUUUAGCUGAAAUUAAACCGAAGCGGAUCGUCGUGAAGUCGUUUUGCGUUCAUUUGGUGUGAAGAGGAGAACUCCGCGUUCAUCUGAACUCAGGGCCAUGUCACCAUUCAGCUGGACUCUCUCUGCUGUUCUUCACAGUUACUACCAAACAUGAAGGACUGAAGUCUGAGGACACGGUGCCCCCUGCUGGACUAGUGCUGCAGAUGGAGGCCAUGGCUGAGCCCAGCUACUCUGAUCUGAUUGCCAAACACUACAAUUACACCGGCAAGUUCCGGAAGACGGAGCAGGACUCAGGUCUGAAGGCUGAUUCUGUGAUCUUCAUCAUUGUGUGCUGCUUCAUCAUCCUAGAGAACAUCCUGGUCCUGACUACAAUCUGGAGGACCAAGAAGUUCCACAAGCCCAUGUAUUACUUCAUUGGGAACCUCGCACUGUCUGAUCUUCUGGCUGGUGUCGUCUACACUGCCAACAUCCUACUGUCAGGUGCCAAUACCUACAAGUUGACACCCACCCAGUGGUUCUUCAGGGAAGGCAGCAUGUUUGUGGCGCUGGCGGCCUCUGUCUUCAGCCUACUUGCCAUUGCCAUUGAGCGCCACCUCACCAUGCUGAAGAUGAAGCUGCACAACAAUGGGAACACCUUCCGCGUCUUUCUACUCAUCAGCACUGUGUGGAUGAUCGCAGCCGUUCUAGGCGGUCUGCCGGUGAUGGGCUGGAACUGCAUCCAGAGUAUGACACAGUGCUCCACCGUGCUACCACUCUACCACAAAGCCUACAUCCUGUUCUGCACCACUGUCUUCAGUAUCAUUCUUAUGGCCAUUGUGGUGCUCUAUGCCAGGAUCUAUGCAUUGGUGCGCACUCGUAGCCGCAAACUGGUCUUCCGCAAAGUGUCCAAUGGUCGCAGCAAUGCCAGUGCAAACAGUAAGAGUUCAGAGAAGUCAAUGGCACUCCUGAAGACAGUCAUCAUCGUUCUCAGCUGCUUCAUUGCCUGCUGGGCACCACUCUUUAUCCUCCUGCUGCUAGAUGUGGCCUGUGAGACGCUAAGCUGCCCAAUCCUCUACAAGGCAGAGUGGUUCCUGGCACUUGCAGUCCUGAACUCUGCCAUGAACCCACUCAUCUACACGCUGACCAGCAACGAGAUGCGGCGUGCAUUCCUAAAGACACUGUUGUGCUGUACUGCCUUUAUUCGACCACGCACCAAGCUCACAGGACCAAUAAUGGGGGCGGAGUUUAGCCGCAGCAAGUCUGAUAACUCCUCUCAUCCCAACAAGGAGGAAGUGGAGUACUCACCGAGGGAGACAACCGUAGUGUCCUCGGGGAAUGUCACCUCAUCAUCUUAAACAUGCAGGACAAACAAGCAGAUGUACAGGGUCAGAUGAGGAGUACGUGUUUGUACACAAAAUACAUGUGAACUCUGCCAUGUAGCCAAGUCACGAAACCUCCAGCUGACCAGGACUCACAGACUUUCAAACUGAUUGGAAAGUAAAAGAGGUCCAGACACUGUUUGUAGUUCCAAACCGUCAUGUCGCAGCACCUACUGGAGAGUCAGUGGCUGUAACUCCUGUAGGCUGGGAUGGAUUGUGUUUCAUCUCAUCUGCUUAAUGUGGAUCAUUGUGGUCCUGCGUCAUUCAAGACCUGGUCAGAACAUAAAGUGCUUCUUCAGAUUUUAUACAGAUAUCCAAACAUGCUGAUACACAGCAUUUCUCUGCAAAAUACACUUUACCAGACAGUCAAAGCAUGAUAAAAUAGUGACUUAUUGAUGUGUUUUGAUGCAUCAAGGUUAAUUUUACUGAAUAACACUUACGACAUACAUAGAAAGUGAUCCACAUAGAGGAAUCAGACUUUAUACUCACCCUCUAAGAACAACUAGAACAUGUAGCACUUACUAUCAGAUGUUUAAAAUAUGAAAAUGAAUUAAAGAAAACUGUCCUCUAUCCCCUUUUACCUUCCCAUACAGGGACGCACUUAUGAAUGCAGAGCUCAGCUGCUUGAAACAACAGUUCAUUUUUCUUUAAUCGUCAUGAAUAAAUCUUUUACCAAUGCUUUAUUAUUGUUCUACAUAUGAAGUCUACUCUGCUCAAAAAGAAAAAUAAUAUUGAGGCAAACUUUACUUACCUAUUA